AGGGUGUCAGGGAAGACUUGUGGAGAAAAAUGACCUUUCGAGGAGGAUGUCAUAUACCCUCUGCUGCAUAUUUCUGCCCUGCUGACCCCUGAGCGUGGAAAGGCAUGGCCUCCGACCUCUAGAAAGUGGACUGAUUAUCAACCACGUCAUCAUGCAUCAGCUGUUCAGACUGGUUUUGGGACAAAAAGAUCUUUCAAGAGCCGGUGACCUCUUUUCCUUAGAUGACGCUGAGAUUGAAGACAGUCUGACAGAAGCUUUGGAGCAAAUUAAAAUAAUUAGCUCAUCUUCUGAUUACCAAACCAAUAACAAUGACCAGGCAGUGGUUGAAAUCUGUAUUACAAGAAUCACAACAGCCAUCAGAGAGACAGAGUCUAUUGAGAAGCACGCAAACGCCUUGGUGGGGCUCUGGGACUCCUGCCUGGAACAGAACCUCAGAGUCUCUGGGAGAGAAGAGGACACUCCUCAUGCAAAAAUUGCAUCUGAUAUCAUGAGUUGCAUUUUACAGAAUUACAACCGCCCCCCUGUGAUGGCAUUAGCUAUCCCCAUUGCAGUGAAAUUCCUCCAAAGAGGCAACAAAGAGCUGAGCAGGAAUAUGUCCAACUACCUGUCCCUGGCAGCAAUUACCAAGGCGGAGCUCCUGGCUGAUCACACGGAGGUCAUAGUAAAGAGCAUUUUGCAAGGGAAUGCCAUGCUGUUGAGGGUGUUGCCUUCUGUGUAUGAAAAGCAGCCUUGGCCGAUUAACAGACACCUGACAGAACUCUUGGCCUUGAUGUCUCAGCUGGAGCAGGCAGAGCAGUACCACCUUCUACGCCUUCUGCAUAUAGCAGCAAAGAGGAAACAACAGGAGGUGGUUCAGAAGUGCAUUCCUUUUCUAGUCACUCAUUUGAGGGACGCGACCCACCAUGAUGUCGUCCUAAAUAUCCUCAUGGAGAUUGCAGGCUAUGAGCCGGCGGCUCUGAACGACUUCCUUCCGGCCCUGAAGGAGAUUGGUCAGCGAUCCCCCUACCUCAUCGGACAAAUGGCACGAAUCUAUGGAGCUGUUGGACGUGUAGAUGAAGAGAGAGCCAGGAGCUGCCUGCCGUUCCUGGUGAGCCAGCUGGCCAGCAUGGAGCAUUCUUUCCACCAUAUUCUUCUGCUGGAGAUUAAGAGCAUCACUGACACCUUCUCCUCCAUCCUUGGCCCUCAGAGCAGAGAUAUCUUCCGCAUGAGCAACAGUUUCACCGCCAUCGCCAAGCUCCUCAGCCGACAGCUGGAAGCAGCCCAGACCAGAAGUGACAGGAGAAAAACCAGCACUGAAAUGGAAUUACCUGAGAAGAUGGAAGAAAACAAAUUCACUGCAGCAGUCAAUGAUGUCCAUGAAAAGCUCCAAGUUAAAAUCCAAGCUUUUGAAGACAAAAUCAAUGCUGGGAACAAUACUCCUGGCUCUAUCAGAAGAUACAGUUUGGGCCAAGUUUCUAAGGAAGUAAGAAAAGACAUUAGAUUUAACAGGUCAAAGAGCUUGGCUUUCCACACUUUGCUGCCCAAGGGUGCAAGUUCAGAUGAUGGGGAAGCCAUAGAGAGUGAAGAUAUUCCUGUCAGCGUCUCUCUCUUUGAAAUAUGCCCACUAAGCCGACGAAAUGACAAUUCUACCUUGAAAUCAGAUACUGAUGCAUCCCAGCUGGGAAAUACUUCAGUUUCACACCCAAGUAUUAUAUGUAUAGAAUCAGAUAAUUUGCCAGAAAUGGUUACAGAAAACCCUGAAAAGGAAACUGCAGAGGCAGUUGCAAGCCCUGUGGAAUACCAAGAUCAGCUUUACCUGCACUUAAAGGAAAAUCUUGGCAAAGUGAAAGCAUAUGCUGUGGAAAUUGGGAAGAAGAUCCCAGUCCCUGAUCAGUGUACCAUUGAAGAUUCUGUUAGAAGUUGUGUAGCGAAGUUGUUCUUCACCUGCUCCCUGAAGGGCCAUUACUGCCUUUACAGCAAAUCCAGUUUCAUUCUCGUCAGCCAAGAACCUCAGUCAUGGAUCCAUAUCAUGUUUCUGUUUCAGCAGAGUCUGUUUCCCGAGCCUCUCUCCAUACAGAGCCACUCUGUGCAGUUUCUCCGAGCUCUGUGGGAAAAGACCCAGGUAGAGGGUGCUCACAGCUUUGAAACAGCCAUGAUGGAAUCUACAUUUCCACAGCAGAAGGAUCUGGACCAGGUACAGCUCCAUCUGGAAGAAGUGAGAUUCUUUGAUGUGUUUGGUUUCAGCGAAGCAGCAGGAGCAUGGCAAUGCUUCAUGUGCAACAACCCUGAAAAAGCAACCGUUAUAAAUCAAGAUGGCCAGCCCCUCAUAGAGGGAAAACUUAAAGAGAAGCAAGUUAGAUGGAAGUUCAUCAAAAGAUGGAAAACCCGUUAUUUUACUCUGGCUGGAAAUCAGCUUCUGUUUCAAAAAGGGAAGUCUAAAGAUGAUCCAGAUGACUCCCCUAUAGAACUCAGCAAAGUACAGAGUGUGAAAGUUGUGGCCAAGAAACGCAGGGACCGCUCUCUCCCUCGGGCUUUUGAAAUCUUCACAGACAGUAAAACUUAUGUGUUCAAGGCCAAGGAUGAGAAGAAGGCAGAAGAAUGGCUCCAGUGCAUCAAUGUGGCAGUGGCCCAAGCAAAAGAGAGGGAAAACAGAGAAGUGACCACAUAUCUGUAGGGAUUUGUGAGCCAGCCUCACUCACAGUGAGCAGUGCAUUAUCGCUGCCAGUGUCAAGAAAAAGAGAGAAACUCACCACGCAUGAAUGUUCUCAAUGAACUGCUGAGAAGCAGGACCUAACAGUGGCAAGAUAUAAGAAGACGACUUUAACACUGGUGGCACAAUGGGUUAAAGCACAGCUCCAUGAAGCAAUCCACAGCCACUGCAGCACGAGUUCGA